AAAUAUUUAUGAAUAUCUAUUUGCUGAAAACCAACGAGUCAUUCAAUAUCAGAUUCAAUUCAGAAAUAAUGAGUAAUUGUAACCGUCUUAUUCAAAAUUUUUGACGUUGCACUAGCAGACAGUUGUUUACUUUCACUUCUUGUAUCGCAUUUAAACGAGUAAAUUAUUAUUCUGCAAAAUGUCAUCUGUCGAAGAAAAGCUUAAGUUACGUAUAGCAAAACUCGAAACCGAAUUAGAACUUGAAAGGAAAAAGAAUGACUUUAAAGGUAGAGAAAAAAUUGAUCAAAUUAGUUCAGAAGUUGUUGAUUCCAAUCCAUACAGUAGAUUGAUGGCUUUGAAACGUAUGGGAAUCGUCGACAACUAUGAAACUAUACGGAAUUUCACUGUAGCAGUUGUUGGAGUUGGAGGAGUAGGUAGUGUGACAGCUGAAAUGCUUACCAGAUGCGGAAUUGGUAAAUUAAUACUCUUUGAUUAUGAUAAAGUAGAAUUGGCGAAUAUGAAUAGGUUAUUUUUUCAACCUCACCAAGCCGGACUAAGCAAAGUUGAGGCUGCCGCAAAAACAUUAUCUUUCAUUAAUCCAGAUGUUCAAUUCGAGACUCAUAAUUAUAACAUUACGACUGUCGAUAAUUUUCAGCACUUUUUGGACGUGCUCAAUACAGGUGGCAAAGAUAAGAAAGUUGAUCUAGUACUAAGUUGCGUAGAUAAUUUUGAAGCUAGAAUGGCUAUAAACACUGCUUGUAAUGAGCUAAAUUUAUCCUGGUUCGAAUCGGGAGUGAGUGAAAAUGCUGUGUCCGGUCAUAUUCAGUUUAUAAUUCCAGGCGAAACGGCUUGUUUUGCCUGUGCACCACCCUUGAUUGUUGCAUCGAGCAUCGAUGAAAAAACCCUGAAAAGAGAUGGCGUUUGUGCUGCGAGUUUGCCAACUACUAUGGGUGUUGUCGCUGGAUUUUUAGUUCAAAAUGUUCUGAAAUAUUUAUUGAAAUUCGGGAAAGUGUCAAAUUAUUUAGGUUAUAAUGCUCUCGAAGAUUUCUUUCCGACCAUGACCCUCAAGCCUAAUCCUGGCUGUGAUGACUCACUGUGUCGAUCACAUCAAAAAGAGUAUCAGGCGCAAGAGAAAGAAGUCACAGUUGUCGAAGAAGUCAAGGAUAAAGAAGUAGUACACGAAGAUAACGAGUGGGGUAUUUCUUUAGUUUCGGAAACGGGUUGUGGUGGAGACACUGAAGAACAAAAUUUUGUGGCUGAAGGCAUAAAAGUCGCUUAUAAAAAACCUGUCAUUGAAGACGAUGAUAGUAACUGUGUUGAUGUGAAUGAACAAAAUAUAGAAGAUUUAAUGGCAAAAUUAAAAUCAAUGUAAAGUUUACAACUUAUUAAUAUUGUAAAUGUUAUUUGACUAUAUUAAAGCUAUUUUUUUUUUUGUUAU